CUCCGACGGGGCGGGCCGGGGGCGUCGCCCUCCGUCCCCGUGUCGCAGACGCCCGGGGCCUUGAGGUCGCUGGGGCCGGCCGGGGGCGGGCCGGCUCGCGGGUAGUCGGCGUCCCCGCCCCGGGCCCGCCGGGCGCCGGGCCGGAUGGGCUGCACCGUGAGCCUGGUGUGCUGCGAGGCGCUCGACCCUGCGCCCCACUGCGGUCCGCAGACCCCCGGGACUCCGCCGGGCUCGGCGCGGCCCGAGCUGUGUGAGCCCGGGGGUGCGGUGCGAGCCCAGAGGGGGCGGCUGCUGCUUCAGCCAGAAGACCUGGAUGCCCCCAAGACCCACCACUUCAAGGUGAAGGCCUUCAAAAAGGUGAAGCCCUGUGGCAUAUGUCGACAGGCCAUCACUCGGGAGGGCUGCGUCUGCAAAGUCUGCAGCUUCUCCUGUCAUCGGAAAUGCCAGGCCAAGGUGGCUGCCCCUUGUGUUCCUCCAUCCAGCCAUGAACUGGUGCCCAUCACCACAGAGAGCAUACCCAAGAAUGUAGUAGACGUGGGGGAAGGAGACUGCCGGGGUGGAAGCUCUCCGAAAAGCCUGGAGGAGGGCGGCUCCAUGAGAGUUUCCCCAAACAUCCAGCCUCAGCCACAACCUGUCAGUCUCUCUAGAAACAUGAGCAUCAGCCGGGCCAUGGAAGACAGUUGUGAGCUGGACCUGGUGUACGUCACCGAGCGCAUCAUCGCGGUGUCCUUCCCCAGCACAGCCAAUGAGGAGAACUUCCGCAACAACCUCCGUGAAGUGGCCCAGAUGCUGAAGUCCAAACAUGGGGCCAACUACCUGCUAUUCAAUCUCUCCGAGCAGAGGCCUGACAUCACGAAGCUCCAUGCUAAGGUCCUGGAGUUUGGCUGGCCUGACCUGCACACACCGGCCCUGGAGAAGAUCUGCAGUGUCUGCAAAGCCAUGGACACCUGGCUCAAUGCAGAUCCCCACAAUGUUGUUGUUCUCCACAACAAGGGGAAUCGAGGCAGGAUUGGGGUUGUCAUUGCCGCGUAUAUGCACUACAGUAACAUUUCGGCCAGCGCCGACCAGGCUCUGGACCGGUUUGCAAUGAAGAGAUUCUAUGAGGACAAGAUUGUGCCUAUAGGCCAGCCAUCCCAGAGGAGGUAUGUGCAUUACUUCAGCGGCCUACUCUCUGGCUCCAUCAAAAUGAACAACAAGCCUUUGUUUCUGCACCAUGUGAUCAUGCACGGCAUCCCCAACUUUGAGUCUAAAGGAGGGUGCCGGCCAUUUCUCCGUAUCUACCAAGCCAUGCAACCUGUGUACACAUCUGGCAUUUACAACAUCCCUGGAGACAGCCAGGCCAGCAUCUGUAUCACCAUCGAACCGGGGCUGCUCCUGAAGGGAGACAUCUUGCUGAAGUGUUAUCACAAGAAGUUCCGUAGUCCAUCUCGAGAUGUCAUCUUCCGCGUGCAGUUCCACACCUGUGCCAUCCAUGACUUGGGGGUUGUUUUUGGGAAGGAAGACCUGGAUGAGGCCUUCAAAGAUGAUCGGUUUCCUGACUAUGGCAAAGUGGAGUUUGUCUUUUCCUAUGGGCCAGAGAAAAUCCAAGGCAUGGAACACCUGGAGAAUGGGCCCAGUGUAUCUGUAGACUAUAACACCUCCGACCCCCUCAUCCGCUGGGAUUCCUAUGACAACUUCAACGGGCAUCAUGAGGAUGGCAUGGAAGAAGUGGUAGGUCAUACCCAAGGGCCGCUGGAUGGGAGCCUGUAUGCCAAAGUGAAGAAGAAGGACUCCCUGAAUGGAAGCUCAGUGCCUGUCACGACUGCACGGCCUGCCCUGUCAGCCACCCCCAACCAUGUGGAGCACACGCUGUCUGUGAGCAGCGACUCCGGCAACUCCACAGCCUCCACGAAGACGGACAAGACUGAUGAGCCUGUCUCUGGGGCUACCACUGCCCCCGCUUCCCUGAGUCCCCAGGAGAAGAAAGAGCUGGAUCGUUUGCUAAGUGGCUUUGGUGUAGACAGAGAGAAGCAAGGCGCCAUGUACCGGGCUCAGCAACUCAGGUCCCACCCAGUUGGGGGUCCAACUGUGUCCUCCCCUGGCCGCCACAUCGUCCCAGCCCAGGUUCACGUCAACGGUGGGGCUCUGGCAUCUGAGCGGGAGACGGACAUUCUGGAUGACGAGCUGCCCAUCCAAGAUGGGCAGAGUGGUGGCAGCAUGGGCACACUGUCCUCCCUGGAUGGGGUCACCAACACCAGCGAAGGUGGCUACCCAGAGACCCUGUCUCCACUGACCAAUGGUCUGGACAAGUCCUAUUCCACAGAACGUAUGCUCAAUGGCGGAAGCUACCCCUAUGACUCUGCCAACCUGGUGAUGCCGGUCCACAGCAGUCACUCGGCCCCUAUUCGGCCCUCCUACUCUGCUCAGGAGGGCUUAGCCGGCUACCAUCGUGAGGGACCCCACCCAGCCUGGUCACAGCAAACGACCAGUGCCCGCUGUGGCUAUGACCCAACUGGUCUAUUCCGAUCCCAGUCCUUUCCAGAUGUGGAGCCCCAACUGCCCCAAGCUCCAACCCGUGGGGGCAGCAGCCGAGAAGCUGUGCAGAGGGGGUUGAAUUCGUGGCAGCAGCAACAGCCUCACCCACCUCCCCGCCAGCAGGAGAGAGGCCCAUUGCAGAGCCUUGCCAGCAGCAAGCCUAGCCUCCAGCUAUCAGCAGAGGCCCCUGUUCCUGCUCUCCCAGAGUUUCCAAGGGCAGCCUCCCAGCAGGAGAUCGAGCAGUCCAUUGAAGCCCUCAAUAUGUUGAUGCUGGACUUGGAGCCAGCUUCAGCUGCUGCUCCUCUUCAUAAAUCCCAGAGUGUGCCUGGGGCCUGGCCAGGGGCUUCCCCACUCUCCUCCCAGCCCCUCCUGGGCUCUUCCCACCAGUCCCACCCACUGACCCAGUCCCGAUCUGGUUACAUCCCCAGUGGGCAUUCCCUCGGCACCCCGGAGCUUGUCUCUUCUGGCAGGUCUUAUCCACCUUACGAUUAUCAGCUGCGUCCUGCUGGAUCCAACCAGAGUUUCCAUCCAAAGAGCCCAGCCUCUUCCACCUUUCUUCCAAGUCCCCAUAGCUCUGCAGGGCCUCAGGAGCCCCCAGCCUCUCUUCCUGGCCUUAUCACUCAGCCUCAGAUCCCACCAAAGGAAACUACUUCAGACCCCUCCCGAACUCCAGAGGAAGAGCCGCUGAACCUAGAAGGGCUGGUAGCCCACAGGGUAGCAGUAUACAAUGCCAGACUGCAGGGCCUGAGGCAGAGUGGCAGCUCCCAACCCUUUCCUCUCCACAGGCUCCGAUCUGCCUCCCUCUCUGGGGUUCAGGCUCGGGAGAGGCAGCCUGCAGAGCCCCCUGCCCCACUCCGGAGGCGGGCAGCCAGUGAUGGACAGUAUGAGAACCAGUCUCCGGAGGCCACAUCCCCGCGUAGUCCUGGGGUCCGCUCCCCGGUCCAGUGUGUCUCCCCUGAGCUGGCUCUUACUAUUGCCCUCAAUCCUGGAGGGCGGCCCAAAGAGCCCCAUUUGCAUAGCUACAAGGAGGCCUUUGAGGAGAUGGAGGGAACCUCCUCCAGCAGCCCGCCACCCAGUGGGGUGCGCUCUCCUCCUGGUCUGGCCAAGACACCCCUGUCUGCUCUGGGUCUGAAACCCCACAACCCAGCCGACAUUCUACUGCACCCCACAGGUGUUGCUAGAAGACUGAUCCAGCCAGAGCCCAGGAGCUAUGUGGAGUCUGUGGCGAGGACAGCAGUGGCCGGGCCACGAGCUCAGGAGGUUGAGCCUAAGAGCUUUAGUGCACCAGCUGCCCAUGCCUAUGGACACGAGACACCCCUGAGGAACGGGACCCCCGGUGGCUCCUUUGUCUCCCCCAGCCCGCUUUCCACAAGCAGUCCCAUCCUCAGCGCUGACAGCACUUCCGUGGGCAGUUUCCCAUCAGGAGGAAGCAGUGACCAGGGUCCCCGGACACCCAUCCACACCAUGCUGGACUCCGGCAUCCGCUCCGGCAGCCUGGGGCAGCCAAGUCCUGCAGCACUGAGUUACCGGAGCUCCUCACCUGUCCCGGCUGGUGGCGGCAGCUACAGCAGCCCUGACUACUCCCUUCAGCCGUUCAGUUCUUCUCCAGAAAGCCAAGGCCAGCCACAGUUGAGUGCGGCCGGCGUCCACAUGGUGCCUGGGAGCCCUCAGGCACGACACAGAACAGUGGGCACCAACACUCCACCUAGUCCUGGUUUUGGUCGGCGGGCCAUCAACCCCACCAUGGCUGCCCCUGGUAGUCCCAGUUUGAGCCACCGGCAGGUGAUGGGUCCAUCUGGCUCUGGUUUCCAUGGUAAUGUGGUUUCUGGCCACCCAAGCAGUGCAGCGACCACUCCUGGAAGCCCAAGCCUGGGCAGGCACCCUGGGGCCCACCAAGGGAAUCUGGCCUCCAGUCUCCAUGGCAAUGCAGUUCUUAGCCCUGGGAGCCCUAGCUUGGGCCGGCACCUGGGUGGGUCUGGCUCUGUGGUUCCUGGCAGCCCCAGCUUGGACCGGCAUGCAGCUUAUGGUGGCUACUCUACCCCUGAGGACCGAAGACCAACACUGUCUCGACAAAGCAGUGCCUCCGGCUACCAGGCUCCUUCCACACCCUCAUUCCCUGUCUCCCCUGCCUACUACCCUGGCCUGAGCAGCCCCGCCACCUCACCCUCGCCAGACUCAGCCGCCUUCCGGCAAGGGAGCCCAACACCAGCCUUACCGGAGAAGCGGAGAAUGUCAAUGGGAGACAGGGCGGGCAGCCUCCCCAACUAUGCCACCAUCAAUGGGAAAGUGUCCUCCUCACCUGUUGCCAAUGGAAUGUCCAGUCCCAGUGGGAGCAGCACCGUCUCCUUCUCCCACACGCUUCCAGACUUUUCCAAGUACUCUAUGCCAGACAAUAGUCCCGAGACACGAGCUAAAGUGAAGUUUGUCCAGGACACUUCCAAGUAUUGGUACAAGCCUGAGAUCUCCAGAGAGCAGGCCAUUGCACUCCUGAAGGAUCAGGAGCCAGGGGCCUUCAUCAUUCGUGACAGCCACUCCUUCCGAGGGGCCUAUGGGCUGGCCAUGAAGGUGUCCUCGCCCCCUCCAACCAUCACCCAGCAGGGCAAGAAAGGAGACAUGACCCAUGAGCUGGUGAGGCACUUCCUGAUAGAGACAGGCCCUAGAGGAGUCAAGCUCAAGGGCUGUCCCAAUGAGCCAAACUUCGGCUCCCUGUCUGCCCUGGUCUAUCAGCACUCUGUCAUCCCACUGGCCCUGCCCUGUAAACUGGUCAUUCCAAGCCGAGACCCCACAGAUGAAUCAAAAGAUAGCUCAGGCCCUGCCAACUCAACCACUGACCUGCUGAAGCAGGGAGCAGCUUGCAAUGUGCUCUUCAUCAACUCUGUGGAUAUGGAGUCACUCACUGGGCCUCAGGCCAUUUCCAAAGCGACAUCUGAGACUUUGGCUGCUGACCCCGCACCAGCCGCUACCAUUGUUCACUUCAAGGUCUCUGCCCAAGGAAUCACACUGACUGACAAUCAGAGAAAGCUCUUCUUUAGGCGACACUACCCUCUCAACACCGUCACCUUCUGUGACCUGGAUCCACAAGAAAGAAAGUGGAUGAAGACAGAGGGAGGGGCUCCUGCUAAGCUCUUCGGCUUCGUGGCCCGGAAGCAGGGCAGCACCACAGACAACGCUUGCCACCUCUUCGCAGAGCUUGACCCCAACCAGCCCGCGUCUGCCAUCGUCAACUUCGUCUCCAAGGUCAUGCUGAGUGCAGGCCAGAAGAGAUGAAUCUUGGAGGCCUUGGGGGUGGGGCCUGUGGGGGAGGGGAUCUGCGAAUCCUGACCACCUUGAAUUCAGAAAGAGAACUUUGGGUCAACCGUGGAGAAGGAGAGAUGAAAGUGCAAUGCGGGGAGAGGGAAGUGAAUUUCGGAGGGAAGGGGAGGGGAAGGAAGAGGAAGGAAGGACUGAAGUGAGGGUCUCAGAAUCCCCUGGCUCCCCUCCCCCCCUCAGAGAGAAUUGAGCUCCCCGCAGGGAACACACAGGCCUCUUUGGGGGACCAUAUUUCACAGAGCAAUGAAAAAGCUCGUUCUCUCUAACACUCCUGCUUUGAGAGAAGAAGACUCCCUCUCUGGAGGUCGCUAAACCCAGUGGCUAGGGAAUGACAUCAGGCGGUGACACUUCUUCACAUUUUGCUUGGCCCGAGCCACCCGUGGUCCGCGCUUGCCCUGACUUCCUGUUGCGGGGCGUAAAUGUGCCCUUGCGAGCUGACUGAUACCUGCCUGUAUCCACUCAGAUUACAAACAGCUCUGCUUGCCUGUGUCCCUUGUGAUACACGUAGACACACUGUUCAAAGAAGGCUAGGGAUAUGGGGUCCCAAGGUCCCCUUUAGGAGUAUAGCAUUAUGGGUAGCAGAGUUCUCCAUCUCCUUCCCUCUCUCUCUCUCCACCUACCCUCCAGUGGCCCUGGGGGCCUCUAGCCUAUCCCCUGUAGGGACCCUGGUUCAGAGGAAACGGCCAACCUGAAAGCAUUAGCCCUGUUCUGUCUCCUGGAGACUGAAGCUGGGUUGGAGGAAGAGGUGAUGCCCACAGUCUUAGGAAAGAUACCCGUUAGGAAGGGUGGCAUCUGGUUGUGGGGCUCACAGUGAGUUGGGCAUGGGUGUUGUGGGGCUCAUAGCAACUUGGGCAUGCACAUUUGACAGUGCCCAGGACUCUGCCUUUACUCCUUUCCUUCCACCCAGUUCCUGAGCCAGGAGUGCCAGCACUAGCCUUGCACUUAUUCAUCUGCUUGAAGCCCACUGGGGGAUGGGGCUUGUGCCUUUCUGACCUAUCCUAUCCUAUAUAGUCCUCAUGUUGGCUUAUCCCAAGAGCCUACUUCCCAAAGUCCUGCCCAGGGCACCUGGCGGACACCUGGAGACCCCUUUUUCCCCCGUCUGUGUUUUGGGGUCCGACUAUUGCAGAUACCCUUCUGGCUGGGCUGCCCAGGGUGACAUCAGAGUGCCUCUGGGGAUGCUGCUGGAGAACCACAUGGUCCUCCCACAAUGCCAAAGGGUUCCCUGUUUUCCCUUUGCCUUGGUUUCCCCAGCAGAACCAUGCUGCCUAUGGGACAGAGGACAGAAGGUAUGAAUUUAGGCCAAAGGCCUUAUGGUCCAUUUGUGGGGUUGGAAAGGCCCCUGCCACCAUUUAAGCCCGUGGGGGUCCCCUAGGGGUGGCAUUGUACUGAUAUAUAAAUAUAUAUAAUAUAUACAUGAGACAUACUGAUAGAAUCUGUAAGCUAAUAAAAAUAUAAGAAAAGGUUAAAAAAAGAAUAGGUAAAUUGACAAGUAAUAUUUAUUGUUUUCCCAUAUUGCUUUAUUGUUUCUGGCCACAAACUGUUCCCCUCUCUUUUUCUUAUAAGAAGAGCCUGAACUGCAGAGAAUCUUCAUAUUCCAAACAGCCCAGGGCUGGCCUUGGCCUUGACCCUUGCCCUGCCUUCCCUAGGCUACAUCUGGGACUUGGGGGGAUGACAUGCACCAGCUCUUUAACCCCUUAUUUUCUGGCAAACAGUAGUCCAGCUGCCAGCAGUCUGGAUGUGUGGACAGCUGAUUCCAUUGCCACAGGCCGAGCCAGCGUGUGUUUGGGGAUGUGGGUGUGUAUGGCCAUGGUGUGUACAUCUCUUGGAUUUUUUUUCUCCACCAGGGAGCUUUGACUGUGUGGACAUUAUAUAAGGAGCUAGAAAGAAAAUUGUCUGGGUUAGGUGGGGAUCAUAGGUAGAGGCUCUUGCUGGCCCCCACUUCCCAAAGAAUAAAUGGGCUUAUCGGUUAAGGUCCUUCUAAAGUAUCCUUCCCUCUGAGAUAUUCAAGGCAAAUGCCUGGAUUACCCAUUUCCUCAUCACCCAAAUGAGUCCUACUUAUUCCCAAGAUAGGAGGAGACAUUUUCCACACCUUUCUUUGUAAAUGUCCUCCUCCUGUCCCAAACAGCCUGGGGAGUCCUCUCCUGGCUGCAGCGUUGUUCAUGUGAGCUUUGGAGGAGCAUCAGAACCUCUGCACCCUGCCCUGGGCCAGGCUCAAGUCUGGGCUCAGCCUUCAUGUAUGGUUUCACCUCUCCAUACUGCCCUCAGGCCCAAGCCAUGUGUGAGUCAUGUGAAGGACCAAGGUGGGUGCUAACUAGUGGGUAAAUCCUUCCCAACGUGCCUCUAGAAAGAGUGGACCCCCGAGUUCGGCUUUUCUGGAAAGUAUGGUGGAGAAGGGGGGGCCUCACUCAGUUCUUACGCUGGGGACCACCACACUGUAGUCUGCCCUCUUCCUCAUGUGAUUCUCACGGGUGGGCCCCUGCACGCUCACACACGCGAGCGCACACACAGAGACCACACACGCACACACCACUCCAUAUGCAACCUACUCUUGCCAAAGAUUUCCUUUAAACGAGAGCACUUUCACCCAUUGUUGUUUUGUGAAUGAUCUGUUUUGCUGUUGUUUGUUGUUGAGUCUGUAUGUCAGCAGGGAGCGUGCUGUCCACUCUUAAACGUGAAUGCCAGAGGGGCCAGGGGAGCCAAGAGAACAUGGCAGCAUAUGAUGCCAUUAACAAGAUCCCUCAGCCACAGCCCAGCUCCACACCGCUUCUGACAACUCAGAGUAUCUCUGAGGUUGGCCUGGGCCUUCACCUUCCCUGAUAUCUGAGGUGAGACUGCAGAAAGGAACAGUGAUUGAGCCAGGAUUGAGGCCCAGGGAAUUCCCUAUGGUUCUUCUGGGAUGAGGGGGAUAAGACUGAAGAGCUGGGCUAGAAUACAACGGACAGGUGUCCCCAGAGGGAAGGAUGGAAGAAUUAACAACUGGAUGCUGGGGCUGUCAUGCUACUGUGGAGCCCCAGAUCCCUUGUCCGGCCAUGUUUUCGGAAAGAAUCCACAUCUUAGGUUUGGGAAAGGCCAUUUGAGUCAUUUUACAUGACCCCUUCCUGGCAGCUUAGAUAUAGCUGCAGACAAGAUUACUGGGAUUCCUGGUGCACCCCAGCUUUGGAGAAUCUCUAGGGAUACACAUUCUGAGGUUCUAGGGAGGACGCUGUGGAUGUGUGCCCCUGUAGAAAGGGACUUUCGGGGGAGAGAGAGACCUUGUGGCUAGGCCCGAGUAGAGAUCAAACAGGCUCCUUGAGCUGUCUGAUGUGUGCAAGAGAAACCUGUGAGUGAACAGCAGCCAUCCCGCUCUGGCUUGUCUUCUUUAUCCUACUUCCCAGGACUUCUGACCCCUUUUCCCAGCUUCAGAUAUUGGGGAGACUCACCCAAGGGAAGUAGCCCUCUCCUGCCUCCGUGCCUUGGGUCUCCGAAGAGCUUGGAACCCAAAGCUAGGGCCACCCCUGCACUUAAGCCUUGGCCGAAGAUCUCAAGACAGGUGUUUCCAUGGUCAGUGGUGACGGGAUGUGUGUGUGCGUGUGUGUAAGUAUGGGUGCGUGUGUGGUCUGCUCGUCUCUUUCGGGAACUUCGAGGUGGGAGGUGGUAGAUGGAGGGAUGUCAAGUUCCAGGUGACCCGGUAAUGAGAAGAACGAGGAGGUGAGGCCUGACGGGCCACAGAUUGGUUGUGUUUUGGUGCUGAUGUUGGAGGUGACAGCCACGUGGGAUGACGAGGCCCAGCAGGCCCCUUGUGGUCUCCUGUCUCCUCAAAUGGCUGGAAAAAUUGGAGGUUCUCAGUUGGCUUCCAUGCCUGGGAUCCUCACAGCGGCAAGGCCACUGACAUGCGACACACCCAGCGUGUCCUCUCGUCAGUGUUUACAGCCCAGCCCUCCCUGAGGACCCACAUUUGGCUCAUGUGCGUGAGCACGUUGGGGUGUGCAUGAGGUAUCUCUUCACUUUCUUCCCUUCUCUCAUUCGACACAAACAUAAAUUCCUUACACCCUGGUUAUCCCAACCUUGCCUCCUGGGCCCUCUGCUGGGAAACUAGUACCCAGAGUUCCUUCCCUGGACCCCAGUCCUCUGCUGUGUAUUUAUAGAUGGAAAUAUACUUUAUAUUUUGUAUCAUUGUGCCUAUAGCCUCUGCCACCUUGUAUAAACCCUGAUGUAAUGCUAAGUGUUCUGGAUAUGAAUGUAUGUACACGGACGCUGUCCCCCUCUGUACAGCUGCUUGGUCUCCCACGAUCCAUUGUAUGGCUUUAUAAAUGAUAAACUUAAACACAAACCCA